AUGCCCGUUGAUCCAGUCACAGGUCUCCCGACACCUGCGACGGGAGUGUCAACGAUUGUCACUGCUGACCUCAAAGCACCACCAUUCAAAACUGAUAAAUACUACCGAACUAUUCCUCUAAUUGAUACUCGCUCUGCAUCGGAAGUGGAGGAUUUAAUUAUCAAUCCACCCACAGAGAUACCAUCCCGGGAGGCAAAUCUCCUCCAACUGCUCGAUCGCGAGAGCAUUGGAGAUCGCACUCCUUCGCAGUACCUUCGUUAUCUACGAAGCCUGGUGCCAGAUAUCGACGAAGAAGUUCUAAGGACUCGCUGGAUUUCACAUCUGCCAGAGCAAACCAAGGUCUGCUUGAUAAUCCAGAAGAACGCCUCAGUCACCGAACUGGGAGAACUUGCGGACAAACUACACGAGGUCUUUCAGCCCACAGUUACCGCAAUCUCAGGCCCGAAUCUGGAGCACCAGAUUGCCGAACUGACUAAGCAGGUGGCCGCGCUUUCUUCCGGCCGGUCACGGCCGAGUCGCUCGCCAUUCCGCACCUCACCCGACUCUCGCAAAAGGCGAGGUAGUCGAUCUCGAUCCAGGAAAGUAUCAAAAAAAUUCGAAACGUGUUGGUAUCAUUUCGCUUAUGGCGACAAAGCACGCUCUUGUUUACCAGGAUGUAAGUUUCAGGGAAAAGGCCAGGAGAAUCAACAGAGGCGGUAG